GGAAGCCAUGGAACCUCUGAAAAAUCUGAAACUCAAACGUUUUCAACGAGUAGUUUUACUUUCCAGUAGUUUUAAAAAUUUUCUUCGAACGCGCGUCGCGACGCGGCGACGUGAGAAUACGAUUAUCUUCCAGCGGGCACGAUAUUUUCGCGUGGCUUACUACUUUCUGCCCGCGGAAGAUUGUUCUUACAAUAUUUUCUCGGACGCACUUGCCGCAUGCAAAAUUCACGCUUGCUAUGCAAAUCCCUUUCAUCCCCUUCGCGACUCAUACAUAUACGUUCUCGCUAUAUACAUUUUCGCUAUUCGCAUUUACGCUCGCAGUCGCAUUUCGUCGUUUAAAUCGCGCGAGGACGUUAAUCGUCUCGACGACGGUGGCAGCGACGGUAUCCAGUUUAACGGCUCCGCUUUCAAUGACUCGAUAAUCGCGACACGAUAAAGCUCACUCAAAGAAGAAAUAAUAAUUGCUAAGAACUCGACUUUGCGUCCAUUGCGAAUGAACAAUCCUGGCACGGCCGGAAAAUUUGCUUUUCAUAAAUUUUAAAACAGCCUAAGACAGCGUCAUUCUGUCAGCGUCAUCAAAUUAUCCUCCAUAAAAAAGUUAAAUAUUUUUACAUGGGUAUGCAUGGCAAAUGUUCGAUCAAGGGAUUAUUGUCGAAUAAAUUACUUGUGCUUAACUCUUAUCGAUCGCUCAAGUUAAAAAAAAAACCUAUGCAGUAUUAUUCAAGAUUAAACGAGAAAAGAAUUUUUAUUCAAAACGUAUUUUCGUUAACAUUUCAGCUCUUCUUCCAAAUUGAAAUAUUUCAACAUUUGGUUCGUCUAACCGAAUGACCGAACGGAUUUGUCUACCGGGUGUCCGUCAAGUCCGGCAAUUCGAUCGACAGCACGAGAGCAGCAGACCCAGGCGACUUGAACCCGGUUAUUUUCGGCGACGCGCUAUUUUGGGAUAGUGCAUGUCGUGGCGCGGGGUACCACGAAGAAAUCAGUAUACGGGAAAACAUGAUCGAGAUGGGUUGUUCUCCGUAUGCCUGUAUACCGCUAAUUGAGGGUUCAGACUCUUAUCUCCAGUCUCUCUCGCAAAAGCAUAGUGCGUAACGGAAUGUCGUCGAGAAAUUAAUUGCUCGUUGCUACGUAUACGCGUACGCGCGUAAUAAUGAUGUAACGGGAGUGUCGCGACGGGGAUGUCGAAAUCGAAACAAUUAACGAUUGCGCACGUGCCGUUACCUCAAAGGUAUCAAAUAAUCUCGCGCGAGGUGCAAGGUGGCACGAAAAACUGCCGACACUUUUUUCGAUAAGACUUUAAGAAAAAAAAUGAUCUACAAAAAGAAAAUAACUCAAUAAACGUUAAUACUGUCUAACACGUGGCGGCGCGCUGGCAUCUCGUAAUCAUUUAGCGUAAUAGUGUAACAGUAUAUGCGUACAGCAUAGACGAGUGUCCAAGUAUAACUUUCGAAAGCGAAAGCAAUAUUAAACGCAGAAAUCUCGGCUCAAUGGAUCUAGAGCGGGUUAUAGCGCGGAUUAUAGCGCGCGCCGCGCGGGAGACACGAAUGAUUCCGGGAUUUUAAAUCGAUUCUGUUCUCACGUGAUCUUCUUACGAAAAAAGACAACGAAAUUGUCAAUCUCUGUCUCGGUACUCGUCGCGAAUCGCGAUCGAUACCCGCCACCACGAAUACAGAAUUCAAUUUUUACUACGUAAUAUAUUCUUGAUUAAAUAUACAAGUGUUUUUCAAGACAAAUCAAGAAGUUUAUCAAAAAUGUUUCGCCAUUCUCAACUUCCAUAUUGGUACAAUAGUAAGACUAAGAAUAGAUUCUAGGAUUACUCUCUAAAUCUGAAUCAGUACUAUUCACGCAACUGUGAUCGUCAAUCGAUCGAUUAAAAUUUCAUUUAGACAGUAUAUCUGGAUUCCAAUUACAUUUUCUACAAUAAUAAUCUAUAAAUAGACUAUUAAGCCAUCUUCGUAAAAUUCAAGUAUAAAAUUUGUUUCGAAAAUUAGAAUAAAUCAUCAGUUGAUGAAAUUAUGAAAGAUAAGACUCCUUCGAGUAAAUCACAAAAGAUAUAUACAACGCCUAUUUAUUAAAAUAAAAUCUAUUUUGAUUUUCAUGUAUCAGAUCUUUGUGCUAAUUGCCGGAACGUUUAUUAAACUUUAUAGAAAUACAUUGGUGGAUAAUUAGUAGGAAGAUCUGGCAUUUGGCUCGCUUAAUUCCUUGAUAUUUUAUUCAAGUAGAUCUUGCAAAGGAUCGAUAUAUGUUUCGUAUCGAUCGCGCGUUGAAACAUGGCAAGAACGCGUAACCCUCCCGUUUCGUUGAUUUAUUUUCAGUUUGCGAAAAUUUUCAGUCUGGGAAAAUCAAAAAAAUUUAAUUAAAGUUGAAGAUUCGGGGAAAUGGUCGAUUAUUUUUCGCGGGAUCGUAAACAGUUUCACAAUAGAUUUUGUUAAGCGGCCAAGUGGCUCAUCUCUUCUACUUUAGCGACGCCGCCGCGUCGACGAGACGCGUAGUGUUUUCGCCGCGAUUCCCCGUGGAUUAUGACACAAAGUCGAUACCGUAGUCUCCCGUGAAUCAAUUGUCGCAGGGACAGAAAGAUAGGGGAGGGAUUUCUCAUAAAAUUUGUCCGUAAUUCUCCAUUAUCAAUUAGCCUCGGUCAGUACUCGACCGUAAGAGUUUGCCAUCUUCCGCUUACAUUUCUUCUUACGCUCCGUUUUUCCCUAUCGACCCGUUAGAUUGCUAAUAAUAAUACCCCAUCGCGAUAAUCGACCAUACUUGAACGUGCCUUCUUCUAAGAAGAUAGGUCAUCAAUUUCAAUUUAAAUAAUAAAUUUUUUGUGAAAAUUAAUAGGUCUCUCUCUCUCUCUCUCUCUCUCUCUCUCUCUCUCUCUUCAAAGAUAAAUUUCAUCAAGUCGCUAGAUAUUUGAAAGUUGAAAAGACAAAUUACAGUUACAAUUACAUCUUUGCGCCAACUGAGCCAAUUAGCCUGAGAAAUUAACUUGAGAAAAAAAUCUGAUACGUUCAAUGCGUGAGUGAGCAUUCGCUAAAUUCACGUAAGAUUCUACUAAAUUAGAGAUAGAACAAGGUUUCUUUCGGCAAGUCUUUUUCUCGAAGAUGGCAUUGGAAGAUGGCAUUAGCAAUGAGAGCGAAGAGAUGAGCCACUUGUUUAGAACGAGAACGUAAAUUUCUGUGGUGGUUCUCGCCUUCUCUCUGCGAAAGGCAUAUUUGGAUAAUCGUCGAUCGAUGCAUCAUUAGGGGACUUAUUCAAGAAGAAUUCAAGAAUUCGAGGUGAGUUGUCGCGUUGUUGAUCGCGAGAAGACACGACAUCGCGAACAAGGCAAGGCCAUAAUGGAGAGUAACGGUGAGAAGUCGAUGCGACGAUGUUGGCGAAACUGGUCCGUGUGAGGCGAGUGACGCGAUCGAGGUGACGGACCACCGAUCAGCCGUCAUCGUCGAUGGAAACGGACGGAACGUCCCGUUCGUCGGGCAGUAGGAGCUGGCAGCGUGCGAGUUAUCGCGGCCGGAGCGGAAGAGGACGGAAACGCAAGCGAAAGUCGUGGGGUGAGCGGAUCGCCGACUGGACCAGAGCACUGAUAGCCUUCCUCUUUAGUAACGUUGGCAUCGUGUGCCUGGUGGUGGGCUACACUAUAGCGGGCGCCUUCCUAUUCAGUUAUAUCGAGGGUGAAAUCGUCUCGAAUAUCGCCGAACUGAGAAAUCAAACGGCCGCCGAUCUUUGGGAGUUUACCUCCAAGAAUGUGUUAUCGGAAGAAGGAUUCUGGAAAGAAGAGGUAAAAAAAAGUCUCGAGACUUAUCAAACGGAGGUAGUUAGAGCCAUAAAAGAUGGGUACGAUGGCACGGAGAUAAAAAACUGGACAGUGGCCGGUGCCUUUCUGUAUUCGCUUACAGUGAUAACAACCAUCGGUUACGGCAACAUUUGUCCUAGGACGAAACGCGGCAAAGUCGCGACUAUAGUGUACGCGAUAAUAGGGAUGCCGCUUUUCCUUCUCUACCUCAGCAAUAUCGGCGACAUUCUGGCCAGAAGCUUCAAAUGGACCUAUGCCCGCUGUUGCUUGUGCAAAUGCCGAAGAAGACCGUACAAUGCGGCAAGCGCGAGAUCGUCGCAGAUAUCGAAUGCCGAUCCGGCUGCGAAAAGAGAUCGCAGGUGGCAGAUUGUAAACAUGUAUGGCGGAGAAGCAGAUACGUCGAGUUUGGAUGUGGAAGAAACUUUGCCUAGAGACGGCGAACACGGCGGUAGCCUUGAUGAAGGCAAAGGCGAAGACGAAGGCGACAGCAACGACGAAGGUGACGACGACGACGACGAGAGUGACAGCUACGAUCCUCAGCAUGUGACAGUGCCGUUAACUCUCUGCCUCGCUAUUAUGACGGGGUUUCGGCGACUUCGUUCCUGGCGACGAAAUCUACUCGGAAAAAUUCGAAUUGUCUUUCAUCAUCUGUUCUAUAUACUUGAUGCUCGGAAUGGCGCUAAUCGCUAUGUGUUUUAAUCUCAUGCAAGAGGAGGUGAUUGCGAAGAUACGCAACUUGAUGCGUAUCGUCAAGUAUAUUUUCAGAUGUGAAAGAUGACAAACGAGUUUUAUGUUCCCUCAUCGUGAUUCUGCAGCACCACGAUAAUCG